UCCCCGCGACAACUUUUCACCAGUUGUUUGAGAAUUUGUCCAGUGGCCGUGCUCCCAUUGGUCGCAAUGUGACGUGACGACAAAUACAGGCAAACACCUGCAUGGAUCCCGGCCUAAACAAUGUUCCUGACGACAAUACGUUGGAAGUGUGGGCUCUGCCACACACGGACUAAGCUUGUAGGGACGGACACAGAACGUGAGUGAAGACAUGAAGACUGUUCCUUCUCUCCGCACGUAUCAUGGCGGGCAAACCGUCAUAGCGAUACCCAAUGUGUCCUAGCUUGCGAGCCCUACUAACAAAGGCCAUAGCAACGUUGGCCGUGAACCCCCGGGUGUGAUCACCGCUGGCUAACUGUCGACAACGCGGCAUGCGGUGUGGUUACGUCUCCAGGGUGAGUCCGUCGUAUAUUCAAAAGUGACUUUGUGCAAUUUGCCCAACUGCCUUUGAUGUCUGGCGUUCCUGAAAGGACCAAAGAAGGAGAGCGGCCGGUGGAAAAGCCGGGUGGUUAAUUCUAUACACGACUUCGCCAAACGUCGUGGAAAGAUUUCUAUCGCUCAUGACGACGCCGAAGAUUACUGCACGCUACUCUGUUCUCUACCAAACCUCAAGUGGAACCUUUAUAGCACAAGGAAGUAACUGUAUCGUAAAGCUGCCCUUGCCAACAAGAUGCAGUAUUAAUAUACAUCAGACAAACAAACCUAUCGCAACAAGUAUUCACCGGAUGAUCGCGAUACUUUGACGUUUUGAGCCUUACCGUGAGUGAAAACAAGAUGGGGGACGAUAAGAAAAAGGGAGACAUCAGUGAGAGAUCGCCGGCGGUCUACUCGGCUAACAUGAAGGAGGACAUGUUGUUAGACCGGCGGCUGGCCAUGCUCAACAAAAUGGAGAAACAGGUGGUAACACGUAUAACUGCGGAACAGAGAGUUGUCCUGAACAGGUUCCGCCUGCGGCUGAAGCGGUCCGAGCUGCAGUACGCCCGGCUGAAGGGAGACAAGGAGACCGAGAAGAAACUCCGGGCCAAGUCCGGCUACCAGUUCAACACCACUCUCACCGAGGAGGACGACAUGUUACAGAAGGUCACAAGUCGUAGAAUCAACAGUGCCCCGCCAAAGAUGCGCACCAAGUCAGCACCGCCAAGGCCUGUUUCCUUCGCCACCGAAGCGCCCUCUCCCGACCUUCCAGUGAAAGUCAGCAGCCAAGGACGGAUGUCGGUUCCCAACCUGAGAACGCAACCCAGUCCCCCGCCCGCUUUGGGCCGAAGUCGGAGGCUGAGCGUUGAGGACGUCAACGAAAACCUGGCGCGGCAGACGAGAAUCCGCCCGGCGACGUCGUUUGAGCUCCGGUCGAGGACGUCGUCGAUGUCGACGGAGAAUGCCGACGCCGGCCGACCGACGCGCCCGAAGACGUCCUUAGACCAGGUGUCCAGCGCCGCGUCUGAUGUGACGUCAAGAGGAGAUGAGGACUCAAAAAAAGCGUCCCAGAAGAAACGUCGACACCGCAGCGAGAGUUCUGAGGAAAAGGAUAGCGAGCUACAGGAAGAUUUCGACGGGAGUAUUCUAGAAACGGUUAGGAUCGAGAACAACGCCGGAGAAGCUGAAAAAGAACUGAGCAGCGCUCGACUGAAAGACAGGAGAGGUAGUGGUAGGGUUACACGCACUGAACAAACACGUAAAGGAAAAGCGCACAACAUGUUGAGCAUGCUCACUCCGGAAGAAGAGAGCAGGCCCUCUCUGCUUGCACUUCAUCUAAAGAUCGCUGAGAGCGCUAACUUCCCCGUCAGGGUGCAGAACUUCGUCAAGACGGUCAUACCGUUCACAGAGGAUCGCGACGACGCAGAGAUGGUGGACUACUACACGCUGAGAGCGCAGGAGGCGGCGAAGGUCGGCAGGAGUAAAAACGCCUUCAUUCCCCGCGACAAGAGACCUGGCACCCCUGUCAAACAGCACCACUGGUUCCCCACUAAGGAGACAAAGUCACGGUCCCUCACACUACCCGGACUGGACUACGAAUUUGAAAAAGACGCAGAGUUAGACAUUGAUAUCAUGAAGCUAGCGUGGGUACACGAGAGGAAUAAGUACGAUAACAUUGCCAGACGAGGCAGCUGUACGGAAUAACCAGCACCUGCUAAUGAUGUGUGUUACAAGUGUGCAAUAGUUAAAGAUGUGUACAAAUUCCUUUCGAAAAAAAAAGAGUCGAUACUAGUAUAUCUGAGUUGUACUUCCAGGUCUAGGGGCGAUGCAAAUCUUGUACUGUAACUAUACUUUGAAAUAUUUAGUUUUGUUUAGAAAAGAAUGAACUUGACGUAAAUGUUAGAUGAAGAUGGUCUUCCCAAACGCCGUGCAAAAAUUGUUUGUGACUGAUUCUUUAAAAGAAGCAGGAAAAAGUUACACGAUGCAAAAAGAUUCCCCAAAAAUUUUUCGCAUAAUGCCUGUCCCAGAUUAAGAUCUAAAACUAUAUAUGAUUCUGAUUUGUCAAAAUGUUUAUAUCUGUGUGUUCCGUGUGUUUUUCUGUAUUAUCAGUGAGCAGUUGACGCGAAUGUCUUGCUCUCAAAUAACCCAAUAAGAAUUUUAUUGUUUUACUAUUCAUGACUUGUCCAUUGACUGUGUAUAUUACAUUCCGUAAAGUUGUUUGUUAUUUCGAGUGACAGUUUUGUGUUUUAACAAAGCAUGAAUCAAAUCUUUGAAUACAAUUU